GAGCUUGAGCUCGAGCAAGCAGGCGCACCUCACCAUGGAUGCAACGAUCGGAGAGUCCAUGCCCUCCGUGGAGAGGGCAUUUGAGGGGCAGCCAUAUCAUGGGUUUUGGGGGCAGGUGACGGUGCGAGCCAUGCUCGUAGCCAUCGUGCUUGCGGGCCUCUUCUCUAUGGUGACCCUGAAGAUCUACAUGAAAGUCGGGGUUGUAGGAGCAUUCAACAUGCCUAUCAACAUCCUCAGCUUUGUCGUACUCAGAAGCCUUGUUGGCCUGAUGCGACGCUGUGGCAUAGCCGCAUCGCCAUUCACGCGCCAGGAGAAUAUCUUCCUACAGACCAGUACAAUAACCUGCAUCAAUAUUUCACUCUCUUGUGGCUUCGGAAACUACUUUGUUGGAUUGUUUACUGUGGUAGCAAAAUCUCUUAAUGAUAACCCAGAUAAAAGAGACAUUGUCGACGUGUCCGUUGGAACAUAUGGGUUUUUCCUACUCACCGUUGGUAUGGUGGCAAUAAUGGCAACGCUGCCGCUGGUGCAGAUCAUGAUUGUCGACUACAGACUGCUAUUUCCAACCGGCUCAGUUGUGGCUCACCUUAUCAACAGUUUUCAUACCCCUCAGGGAGCUUACGUAGCAAAGUUGCAAGUUAAGGCUAUAGUGAGAGCAUUUGUGGCAAGCUUUUGUUGGUCUAUGUUCCAGUGGUUCUACACUGGAGGUGAUAGUUGUGGAUUUGGCGUCUUUCCUACAUUUGGGCUAGAACUAUAUAAGCGUAGGUGA